CUAGAAGAAGAGCAUGACAGGAUCUCAACAGGGUCUGAUUUACAGACUUGUGAGUCCUGCUUACUCAGGUGCACUGUGUCUCUGACCUCAUGAUACAAAAGAAAGGAGUACAGCUGACAAAGAUAUGACCUACGCUGUGCACAGCGAACACUGUUCAACAAAGUUAGAAAGCCAAACAGGCCCAUAUAAACACAAUCAGUGGUAUGACUUGCCCCCAUAAUUAUUAACUCCCUGUGUUGCUGCAAGAGUGACUUUGGCCACAGAAUUACUGCGUUUUGUCCAGAGGCAGAGGUGUCAAACAUCAGACAGGCUGUGAUUAUGGAUGACAAGAAAAAGAAGCUCAACUUGAAGCGGGAAGUAGGGCUGUCGGGAGCCGUGUCCCUCAUUGCAGGGACGAUGAUCGGAGCUGGAAUCUUCAUGACCCCGCAGACGGUGCUCUACUCCAUCGGCAGCCCUGGAGCCAGCUUGGUGGUGUGGGCUGCCUGCGGUUUACUGGUGAUAAUGGUCUCUUUCUGCUACGUUGAGCUGGGCACCGUUAUACGAGAAUCAGGUGGAGAGUACAUCUACAUCCUCAGGACCUCGAGUCCGGUCCUCGCCUUCAUGUUAAUCUUCAGCUCUGUGAUAUUUGUGAGACCUGCUGGUGUUGCUGGCAUGGCGCUGGGAUUUGCUCAGUAUGUCGUGGCUCCUUUCUACCCAGACUGCCCCCCUCCGGUGCUGCUGGUGAAGUGCAUGGCUGCAGCUUCAAUUCUAGCGCUGGCUGUCGUGAACUGCCUGAACGUUCGCCUCUCCAUGUCAGUCCAAGUGGUUUUUAUGGUGGCCAAAGUUCUGGCGCUGGCAGUCAUCGUAAUUGGUGGUGUGGUGAUGCUCAUCAGAGGCCACACUGAAAACUUUGAAGACUCCUUUGAGAACACAAAUGUUGGCAUCAAUCCCAUUGGCAUUGCUUUCUACCAGGGACUGUGGUCCUAUGAUGGCUGGAACAAUCUCAAUUACGUUACCGAAGAGUUGAAACGCCCAGAGGUGAAUCUCCCAAGGGCAAUUAUCAUAGCCAUUUCACUGGUGACUGGCUUGUAUCUGCUAGUGAAUGUGAGCUACCUGACAGUGAUGACACCAAAAGAGCUCAUGUCCUCCAGUGCAGUGGCAGUAACGUGGGGGAAUAAGGUGUUUGGGAGCUGGGGCUGGAUCAUGUCUGUGGCUGCAGCAUUAUCUGCCUUUGGUUCACUGAAUGGGACGUUCUUCAGCGGCGGCCGUGUGUCCUUUGUUGCUGCUAGAGAAGGACACAUGCCAGAUAUUCUGGCCAUGGCUCAUGUCCACAGACUGACUCCAUCUCCAGCCCUUAUCUUCACCACUAUUAUCUCUCUGCUGGUGCUUAUCCCCGGAGACUUCCAGAGUAUUGUCAACUACUUCAGUUUCACUGCCUGGUUUUUCUAUGGCAUCACCCUGUCUGGACUCAUCUAUCUCAAGAUAAAGAAGCCAGAGCUUCCGAGACCAUACAGGGUCCCCAUUAUACUCCCCAUACUGGUCCUCCUUGCAGCGAUAUGCCUGGUGCUGGCCCCCAUCAUAGACGAUCCUCAGAUUGAAUACUUUUAUGUGACUUUAUUUAUCUUCAGUGGAGCUAUAAUAUACAUACCCUUCGUCCAUUACAAGCUCUGCCCCAACCUGUUGACCAAGUUAACAGUGUUCCUGCAGCUCUUCCUAGAGGUUGCCCCAGCAGACAAAAACCUCUGAUUUAGUAGGUUUUCCAGUUUUGUUGUUUGUGCUUUUAUCAAACAUUGCAGCUUCAAAAUGUGUGAAACAAAAAGAACCAAAGAAUCAAACUACAGCAUCUUUUGUAAAUAAUGUGUACCUUUUAAAUACUAUGUAUUAUAAUUCUAAAAGAACUGACUUCAAUAAAAUGAUGCAUGAACAACA